AUGCGUACAGCAGCAGGCAAGUAGAAGUCAUGAAUUUAGCUUCAGUAAAACUAUGAAAGAUUGCAUUUUAUGGUUUGCAUGAGUGGGCAUGCAAAUUCUGCAAGACUUUGUAUCAAGUGUGAAAACUUCCUUUUUUAAUGUCUUGGUAGACGGGAUGGUUUUCGCUACAACCUGUUUCAAGGGGAUCCUCUGAGGUAAGAUUGAGAUUUACUUUUGUGUCUUUAAGCCGGAAAAUUUUCAUCUAUUUUUACAGCCUUAUCUAAAAGAAAUACUGACCUCUUUCUGGAGUAAUUCAUCAUCAGUUUGUUGUAGUUCUUUUGUAGGUAAAAAGUAGGAAAAAGUUCUCUGUCAUUAAUUUGAACUUAUCUUUCUCAAGCGAGCGGCCAUCUCUCUGUAUUCUUCAAUAAACUUUGUAAUUAAUCAUUCCACCUUUGAUGGAAUGGAGUUUUGGUUAUCUAUGACCAAAGAGCAAAACUGUUAACCUUUUUAAUGCACUAUCAAGAUCUACAGUAUGUAAUGAGUGUGUAACAUACAGUACAUUGUUCUACAUCAGUAUAAAUACAUUAGAAAUACAUGAGUUGGUGUGUUGUUGGCCUCUUAGGCUGGUUAAGUCGAAAAAAAGUGAAAAAAGAUCAUUCAAAAAUGUGUGUAAAUAAGAGCAAGGUUUCUUAAGGUUAUAUUAUAAGAAGGGAAAAGAAUCUGAAUCCAGAAUCAAUGUUUUUUUAUCCCUGAAGGACAGUUUGUUGAACAGCCAGUAGUGCCGCACAACCAUCAUACAGAUGCUGAAAACGACUAACCACACGCUAAAUUCAAUAUAAAAGGCAAAGGUCAUUGAUUUAAUAUCGCCAGUUGGACUUUAAUUGUAAAGCACUUAAUCAUACAGCAAUAAUGUAACUUUAAGUGCUGCACAUAAAAAAAAAACGAACACAAAGUGCCCUCCCCUCCCCCAGCCCCCAAUCGAGAUGCCAAGUAAAAAUAUGUAAAAAAAAUGUAAAUGACUAAAUCAGAGACUUUUUCCAUCUGUGUAAAGCACUUUUAGUGGAGCUUUUAAAACGUGCCCUAUAAAAAGAGAUUAUUAUUAUCAUCAUCAUCAUCAUCAUCAUCAUUAUUAUUAUUAUUAUUAUUAUUAUCAUUAUUAUUUCAAAAAGGAGGUGCCAAACUAAGCAAGCGCUCUCGCAUUAGCUCGAAGAAGAAACACUAGAGGUAGGACAAAAUCUUUAGAGCUAACAAAUAAGAUAAUAAAUUAUAAAAGACGACUCUGUUUUGAAAACAUUGAAACAAAAUAAAAUUACAGAAUAAGUAAACAAGAGUAUGAUAAGUAAUGAAGGCUAUAAAGGUGGGUCUUAGGUUUCCUUUAAAAAUAUGGGUGUUCUGUGCCGCCGUCAGGUUUUCAGGUCAGCUAAGGCUGUCGUAGGAAGAGCUGCCUUACUGUGGGUCUUUGUCUUGAUUUUCAGCACCUUUAAAGGACCAUUACCUGAAAACCUGAGGGCCCUCACAUGCUCAUAUCAUUAAAGCUAAUUUGAUGUAAACUAAGACUUGAUAUCUAAAAUACAAUUUUAAAAGGGGUGGCAAUUGGUCCUGGGUCAUCUGCAGACAUGGGAACAUAAAGCUGUGUCAUCUGCAAAGCUAUGGAAGUUGAUGCCAUGCCUUCAGAUAACAUCUCCAAGAUUAAAUGGUAUUAUAAAGAUUAAAAAGUUUAACCUACAUAGAUAUCACUUUGAACCGUUUGAAAGGCCUAACGAAAUUAAUACAUAAAAUAAGGCUUAAUUUGUCGUAAAUCAAAGACAAAAUAUCCUUUAUUUUUGGUGACACAAUUUCAGAAAGCCCCUCGUUAUCCGCUGUUAACUGACAUUAAGCGAUUCACUCUGCUGACUGCGAGAGUAAAAGUGAAAAUUUAUUGUGGUGACACACGGGUGUUCCCAAAUAUCAUGAAAGGAGAAAUGAAAUGCAGAAAACAGCGAGCACAAAAAAAGAUAAUAGAGGAAGAAGAAAAUGUCAACCAGCUGCUUUGCACCUCAAGAAAAAAAACAAAACUUCCUGAUAACAGCCUGAUUUGACAGUGACAAAAAGACGCUUCUACUGAGUUUUCAUGCACACCUUGGUUAAAACACCUGAAUGUUAGAUGUCUUUGUUUCACGUAUCAGGCCACAGUGCGACCUCAAGAUGACAGCACAACCUGUGCGGUUGUUGGUAUUUCUGGUGCUCAUAACAGGUAGGAUUUGAUCACUCAACAAUGAUAUCAACUAUGGUGUUUACAUUUCUACUCAAGUCAUAAGCAACACCUCAUGUUUUCAUGUUUGUUUUUUGAACACCACAGGCUUGCGCUGUUCUGAAAAAUCACCCUUCAUACUAGAAAAACUUCAGCUGACUGCUGUGGAGGGGUCCUGCAUUGAAAUCAAGUGCAAGCUCACUAAGGAUAUCUAUAUUACCAAUGCAUACUGGUUUUGGUUAAAGAAUGGGUCAUACAAUGACACAGCGAAAGACUUCACUGGCACUGUGGUUUUCAGCUCAGACCAGUCAGCACGUUCAGUAAGUCCGGACUAUGUAAACAGAGUGGAAUACACCGGCUCUCUAUUAAAUACUUCGGAAUCAGCCUCUAAGGAGGCAACGAGCAGCAUUAAGAUCUGCAACCUGAACGAAACAGACGGUGGAGAGUAUGCCUUCAGAUACAUAAGAAGACGUACAAGUGAAAAAUGGAUGACAAAUCCAAAUGCAACCCUCAAAGUUGAAAGUAAGUAAAAGCUCUAGAUACUGACCACAGUUUUAAAAGUAGCUUGAGUUAAGAAAAAAAUAAAGUUUAAGAUUCAAAUGAGUACAAGAAAUGUGCAUUUAAUCCUGCAUCUCUUCUUACCUUGUCUCAUCUUCGUGUUUCAGAAAACCUAUGCCCGAUCACUUUCGAAACGCCUCUAGCUGUAAAGGAAAACAGCACCAUAUCACUCAAGUGUUCCACUCCAAGUUCAUGCUCUUUAGACCUCAAAAUAGAAGGAUUAGGACAAGAUCGCCCCACACAAACUCAAAAUGAAGAAAAAAGGAUUACCAUCAGUUAUGAAGUGAGCUGGAAGGAUGAUUUGAAAGAGAUUUCAUGUCAAACACUUAAGAACUCGGAUGUCUAUUCUAUCAAGACAGACCGUUUAACUGUCCAAUGUAAGUUCACAAUCUGAAUGAUAUCUUCUAUUACAAUGGUUAUUUUCACUACAAAUACAUUUACAAUACUAAACUACACCAAAGGUUUUAGUCAAAGGAACUCGUUUUUUACAGCGUGAAGAAAGAAUACCCGACUGUUUUGGUUAGCUUGGCUGAAAAUGUGUUUACUCUGAGGUACACUUAAUGUAAUGCUCUCAUGCUGAUUACACGGAGAGGUUCCGAUGAGUUUUGCUACCUUAUCAAAGGACGCCACCGAAGCGCAAACCAAUAUGCUGCAUUUCAGUUACCUCAGAAGUCGGAUGUCAGUAGUACAUCAUAUACCACUUAUUUAAUUUCACAAAAACAAAACAGAAGUGCGAAUAAAUAAUACAUUACGAGAGAUUACGCUGUUACUCUUUACUGUUGAACGUUGUAGUCAAGUCGGGCUUGGUGAGGAUCAUCUGACUUUCCAAUCCGACUUCAGGUGGGCGUUUCAGAUGACUUUCCGACUCGGAGCUCGGAAAUUCCGACUUCUGAGUACAACUGAAAUGCAGCAAUAGACCUGGCUUCACAAAGAAAGUGGAGUAUUGUGAACACGAAAUUUAGAGAAUUAUCAGGUAUUUGACAGUCAUCAUACAGCUUUGUUCUUACCUGAGCAGACACUGCUUCUUACCAGAACCUGUCAACAGACUCUUAACCGUCACACAGGCGGCAGGAAAUCGUCCAAUGAAAGAGAUGAAUGGAGGUGGUAACAAUUUGUACCAGCACACCUUUUACGGCUAAAUGAUCGUUUUAAAAAGGAUAAUAAACAUCGACGCAAUUGGUCAUCUGCCUUCAAGACAGAACUGAAUAAAAACAGUUUUAAAAAACAGUUUAAAGUUUAAUCAAUUCGUAACCUGAUGAAGCUCAAAAAUUGGAUGUUAUCUGCAGAGACACAGAUUUUGGAAGCAGCGCUGUGGUUCACAAAUAGCUUUGAGGGGCUCGAUUAUUCACCAGAAAGAUAUAACUAAAGAGAGUGAAACAAAAGAGAGAAUCACCUCCUUUUUUUAGAACAUUUGAUUUCCUCAAACAAUCCAACUGUGCUUGUUGUAUUUUAAUGAAUAUUUCUUUAAAUUUGUGCAAUAUAUGUUGAUUAGAUGCUCCAAAAGAGAUGUCAGCAACGAGUUCUGUGCAUGGAGGCAUUGUGACGGAAGGCAUUGUGAAGGAGGGUCAAUCUGUUACUCUGACUUGUUCUGCCAAAGGAAAUCCCAAACCUACUAUUACCUGGUUUAAAAAUGGACAAAAGUAUGAUGGAGCAGCUCUGAAUUCUCGAUCAGUAACAACAAAACAAAGUGGAAAUUACUCUUGUGAAGCUACAAACACAUUGGGAAAAUCAAAGUCUGAAAUAUUCAGCAUUGAUAUUAAAUGUGAGUACAAUUUAUGCUCCAACCUGCCUUACUUCUUUAUUUUUAAUCUCUGUGGUUGUAUUCCUGUAAUACUGAUGUGCUUUUAGACACUUUACUCGUUAUUAUAGGUAAAUCGAUAACUGAAAUAUCCUGUUUCAGAUAUGCCUAUAAUUGAGGUGCAGACUUCACCUGCUGAUGAGGUUACAGAAGGAGAUGAUAUAACAUUUACCUGCAAUGUCCUCAAAAGCAACCCAAAACCCCGUGACUUUGUUUGGUUAAAAAAUGGACUCCAGAUUAAGAAAGUCCAGACUUUCAGUAUUCCAAGAGUCAGACCUGAGGACAAAGGCCGAUACACCUGUAAAGCCACUAACUCUGUGGGUACUAGAGGAUCACAACCAAAAGAUAUUGAAAUUAAAUGUAAGUAUUUUUAGCUACCUUGAACAUGCUCAUGCAUUCUUGGUGAUGAAACCAAAAAGAAAGUAAAUAAAAAUUUGUAGUUUGUUUAACCGCUGAAAACACACUAAGACUUAUGUUUUCCUUCCAGACAGGCCAAGAGAGACAAGAAUUUCCUCGCCUUCAAACAAUACUCAAGUAGAAGUUAAUACCUCUCUUCAAUUCACAUGUGACACUGAUGCCUACCCUUCCCCGAAAACCAACUCUGGCUACUCCUGGUUCAGUCACAACACAAUCAAAGCAACUGGCUCCUCACAGUUAAAGUCAUCUGAACAGAUCCUGAAUUUGGAGAAAGUACAAAGAGCAGAUGAAGCAUGCUAUAUGUGCAGAGCAACCAAUGAAGUUGGUCCAGGGUUCAACAGUACAUCUGUGUGCAUCCAAGUUCUCUGUAAGUAAUCCUCUUGUCAUGUGAAAUGUUGAGUGUUGAUGAGGGUUCUUUUCUCAUCCAGUAAAAUCAAAUCUGGUCUUUUCUAUUCUUCUAAACUCAUGUCUGCUGAAAGACACUGAGAUGAAAAUACUUCACUUUCGUCAGAUGAUUAGUUCUCAUGACAUUACAAUGCAGUCCCUCCAGGAUUUCGCAGGUUUUUUUGUGAUUGUUACGGCCUAAAAUGCCUGAUUUUGCGGCAGCUUUUCUAAAAAAUUGCAGUGGAAGUUAACAUCAUUUGAGGCUUCGGUUCUUAAAAUCACAGGUAAGAGGGCAACUGCAAAUUAGCUACACCAGUCUUUUGUGAUUUUUUGGCCUUAAACCAUAAGAUUAAGGUGUGAUAUUUUCUACACAGAGUGCUCUGCAUCUCUGAGCAAUAAAGGAGAAUGGGGUAAAUUGAGCCAAAGGGUAAGUUAUGCCACCCCUUGUUGCUUGGAAAUAGUAAAAAUUGAUCAUGUGAUCAAAUAUUUAGGAGAUGGGCAUCAAUUUAUGGAGUCUGUGAAGGUUAAAAGCACAUGGGUGAAGGGGUUAGACCAGGACUGGGCAUUAUAUGAUCAUGAUAAAUUUCAGUUUGAUCACGGUAAUCAGCUGAGAGCUUAUUUACUUAUUUCAAACAUAGCCGAAGUGUGCGUCACAACAGCCAAUCAGAGUCGAUCCUGCUCACUUCUGUAAGUUGCCAGAGAAGUAAAUAGAAUGACCGAACGUGGAACUAAACGCGGAGCUGAGGGCAGCAAAAUAGAUGUCAGCCAUGACUUUGAGUCAUCCUCCGAAGAUGUUAUUGUUGAGAAUGAAAAUUAUUUAACGUCAGUUGUGUGGCGGUGGUUCUGGUAUCUCCAAAGUGACGUCGAGAAAUCACGCCGAAGUGUAAGGUAUGUUAUCACCAUUUGUUUUUAAACUGCCAGUUUUAAAGCAUCUGUACUAAAGGCAUUCAGAUUAUAUCAUAUUCAGUGUCACAGUUCCAACUAAGAAAAAAAAUACUUAUAUAUGUCAGAUACAGCAUCAGUGGCAUUAGCUUAUCACUGAUGGCUAACUGAGAGUAUCUGCAGUGGAAAAAAAGUCAAAUUAAACUCUUUUCUUUGCCUCCAAUCAGUCUUCUGGUUUGACACCCGCCCCCUCUCUUUUCAGUGAAAUGAUCAGCCAGAUUUUUUAUGUUUAGGAUCAUAAAGGUGAUAAUAUACAUGCCAUUAUGAGCAACAAGGAUAAUGUUUUAAAAAAUACCUUUUUAGUAGUUAUAUGAAAUAAUAAUUUAAAAGAAAUAUUGUACCAGUUGAAUAGUGUAUAGUACAUAAAAAUACACAAGAAUGUAAAGAAGUGACUGUUAUUUAGGGAGAGAGAAGAUGAGGGAGGGCUGGGGUGGAGAGUGGGGGGUAGCAGGGAUACGGCUCAACUUACCCCAUACACGGGCAAGUUGACCAUAGGAGACCACUUUUUUUUAGCAUGCUAUAUUAUCAAGACAGUUAUGUUUACACUCAUUCUGUUGGUUUGCAGGGAUGCACAACAUCCUGAAAUAUAUGCAGAUACACUAGUUAGAGACAAAACUAUGAUUGACUUGAUCCGAAAUAUGAAAAAUGGCUCGUCUUACCCCACUCUCCCCUAUCUGUAACACAGAGAGAACAGUUUUUUUGGGGGGGGGACUUUUUCACACACACUCGCGCACGCACGCACAGUCGCGCACGCACAACACACACUAGAUAUUACACAAAUGAAAGCAUACAUCCACACGUUUUUUCAUUCUUCACUUAUAUCGCUUUAAAAAGUAUAUCCGCGCUUACCUUGACCCUUUCAUAGUUCUGGAUCCAACAGCCUCUGUCAUUGUGACUUCUCUCAGCUGUCCUCCUAGCAUGUUUCGCGGUUAAGAAGCGUCUCUCUAGCGACGACUUUCGCGUGUGUUGUACCACGAUACCGCAGGCAGUGUAGAAGAGUUUUCAUGUAACACAUCUGGAAAUGGCUACCACGAACUUUGGCGGUGAUAUUUGCUGGUAAAUGUGAGCGUUUAGCGUCCCGCACGUCUUCAUCUUCUCAAUGUAAACAAGGAAGUGAAUAUGAUGACGUACAUGUCAGGUAAAAGCGCGGGCGAAAGAGAGCUAAUGCUGCGUUCGAGUUACCUCGGAAGAAUAGGCUAUAUGGACAACUUGGUUCCGCCUUCCGCAAGUAUACGGAUUUGAGGCCAAAAAGCUCUCGGUAAUUCCGCGUUUACUCUCCAUUUCCUGAAACCAACAUUACGCAGUAGCAUUGUACGCACUCCACCACUUGCGCAGUAGCAUUGUGCGCUUUCGGCGGGAGAGUCGCUGUGAUGACGCUUGGCUCAAACAGCGUAUCCCCCUAAGUGAGCUAUACCAUCCUUGUACGCCAAUAGGCUGUAUCAGGUGUCAAUCAUAGCAAACGUGAACCCCCUAAUAACUUUUAAAAAUGGAGCUGUGCAGAAAAAAGAGGACUUGAGCACAAAACAGUCUUACAAUAACUACAUGUCAACAUCAAAAGCAGGGGGGAAAACAUUUAUGUUUUGUGUAAUAAAUUUCUAAAGUUUGUCCACAGCCUCAUAAGCUUUGCUGGCAGAGGCAGGAUUUAUAGCCUAUACUGUAGCCCGUCACCAGAGGGUGCUGUUCUCGGAGUGGCCUCACUCAGGGAGGAGGCAGACGGCGUCCAUUCUAUAUACAGUCUACGCUCGGAAGUCAGAAGUCCAAGCUGGGAAUGACGUCACACCCAAUUACCAGCGUUUCAGUUGCCAAGUUAGAAAAAAGCAAAAUCGGAGGCGGAAACAAGAUGGCUACAUCUACGAAAGUUAUUUUAAUGCUUGCCUUGUCCGGUAUCUGACUUCCGAGGUAACUCAAAUGCAGCACAAGUUCAUUGGUCAAAUAUGCAGGAAAUUCACGAUGAUUGGACGAAAUUGCAGUGCCUCGCCGAAUUCGAGGUGAUUGGUUGAAUUUGUGUUAAUCGUUGCGAUCGCAAACAUCACAAAUUCCUGGAGGUACUGACAAGGCAACAUAGAUUUAAACAUUACUUUUAUAACUUUGAUUUUUGUCUUUGUAAUUAUGACUUACUUUCUCGUAACUGUGGCGUUUUAACCCGUAACUUGACUUAACAUCCCAAAGUCUGCUUUCUUUCUUUUUUUCCGAAAAUCAAAUAAGCUAAUUCUUGAAAUGGCAAAUUUUAAAGUUUUUUUAGACAGCUUCUGUAAUUUUGUAGCAGUAUUUUUCAAAUGAUUCCACCUAUGCAGAUCCUCCAACCCCCCCGAUAUUUACUGUGGACAAGAAAGAAAUCAAGGAAGGUCAGCCCAUCACCUUCAGCUGCACCGUCGAAAGCUUCCCACCGUCUGAACUCACCUUGACAUGGACAUCCAAAUCAACCCCAUGGUCUUCAGAGGUGGUGUACACUCAUCCUGCCAAUCACUGGCGGAAAAACACUUUCCAACGCAUAUUUAAUGUGACUUCAGCUGACUCCGGCUUUUACACCUGCGAGGCCGAGAACAACCAAGAUUCAAGUAAAAGUGAGAGAAAAGAGCUGGUGGUGAAAUGUAAGUGACUCAGUGUUUCGUUGUCUUUGUCAGUCUAAUCAAAAACAUUAAAAGGAGAAACAAACAUGAGCAGAGUAGAAAAAAAUGUAUUUUCUCUGUUCGUCAAUUUGAUCUAGUUUUCUGUUGACAGGUGGCUCUGUUUGAUUAGUAAUAGUCAAUAUAUUAUCAGUUGAACACAGUAGCUUACACACUAGUAGCGGAGCUGCCAUGUAUUUGCAGGAUCUGUGCAGUUUCUUUAACCAUAUCGGCGAGGUACUUGCACUUCACUUGAAUAUUUUUAUUUUCCACCACACCAAAUGUUAUUCCACUUCAAUAAUUUUAUACCAGAUUUACCCAAUAAAUUGAUUAUAUUCAGAUUACAUCGUAUUCAGUGUCACAGUUUCAACUAAGAAAAAAAAUGCUUAUAUAUGUCAGAUAAGGCAACACUGUCAUUAGCUUAUCACUGAGGGCUUACUGUGAGUACUUGCUGUCGAAAAAAAGUGGUAUACACUGCCAUUAUGAGCAACAAGUUUAAUGUUUAAAUCUGAUUUUUUAUUUUUGCAGAUCGUCCAAAAGACGUGACAGUACAGCCUAAGCCUGAUGCUGUUGUUAAAGAAUACACACAGCUGACGCUGAGCUGCAGCACCAACUCCUACCCGCCUGUGACCUCUUUUACCUGGACAAAGAGAAAAGACGGGAAGGCUGAGAGCAUUGGGACGAGUCCAGACUUCAUCAUAAAGUCUGUCAGCCCCUCUGACAGUGGGCUGUACAGCUGUGAAGCCAAAAAUGAAAUGGGGACUGGGAAAUCACAGGAAGCUGAAAUCAAAGUCAAGUGUAGGUUAAAUUAAGCACUAAUGAUGACAUACAAAUGAAAAAGUAAGUAUUGCUGGGUUAAUAUUUUUGCUCUUCUCCCUUUUCUUCUUACAAACCUCUCUCAGAUGCUCCAAAACUGACUGAGAUCCAAACAGGAGAGGAGGAGCAGCAGCCUGAUGGGAGGAGUUCAGUUACAUUGAGCUGCGUCACUCAAAGCUUUCCUGCAGCCCAUCAGUUUUCAUGGUACAAGCAGAAAGAGGCAGAGGACAAAAAAGAUCAAAAAAUUUUAGAACAUCAGACCCUCACGGUGUUCUCAGACAACCCAGGAACCUACUACUGCAUUGCAAAAAACGAAAUAGAUGACAAGAAAUCUGAGCCCAUUCAAGUGUUUGUUGACAGUGAGUGAAUCCAUGACUACACAUGUGCGUUUUUAAAGCUCCUGGUAGGAUUAGGGUUAGGCUUUGUCCACCUCUUUUUGACAAAGUGGCACCUUUUAUAUCUGCUGUUUUUGUCCUGAACAUGUAUGAAGUCCUAUCUUAUGUUUUUUGAAGAGUCAGUCAUCAGGAAUAUUUGAUAUGAAGAAAGACACUAUUCUGUAAUUUGCCUCUUUUAAUACCUAACCCCCCAUGUAGCCAUUAAAUAUUUCUCCGUAGUAAUUUUAGUCCCUUUAUUGGUGAUCUUGCUUGCCUGUUUAGUUUACAAGGAGACAUCGCUGUUAACUCCUCACAGAAGCUUCAAUCUGUUAGAAUCAUGAGUUUAAAUGACAAAGAAUUGGGUAUAUAUAAAUAUAUAUAUAUAUAUUGUACCAACAGCCAUUAGACUUUAUAACUCUGUUAUGAGAACAAAGUCAUUGGAAAAUAAAGUCAGAUAUUACGGGCGUACAUUUGGGGGUAAAAUCGUUCUGUUACAAGAAAAAAGCUGAACUUAAGUCUUAAAUAUCACCAGAAUAAAGUUAAAUGGCUGCCCUUAUUGUCUGUCUUAUCCAAGGCAUAUAAAUAUGGCUUUUCUGGUAAAUUUACAUCUUUAUUCUGCUGAUAUAAUGACUUUUUAACAACUUUUUUAUCCUAAUACUCCAACUUCAUUCUCCUUAUGGUACGACUUAUAUCCCUCUGACUUAAUUCUCAUAAUAUUAAUGACUUUAUGAUUGAAAUCUCUUAUUUUUUCUUCUUAAAUGUAGUCCUAAUACUGUCUUGAAUUUGAAAUGUUGCUACAAUCACAGUGUCAUUUCACUGUCUGUCACACAGAAGGCUAUUUGAGGAUCUUGAUCUUCAUCUUACUUGCCAUGGUACUGAUAUUUCUACUAUGCUUCUUGGUUUACAGGUAAAGUAUGAAUAAGUGUGUUUUAUAUCAGAACAAGUGCAUUUAACGGAGGAUAUGAUGUGCUUAAACAACGUGUGCAUUUCUGGUUUCAGACACAAAAAGAAGAAACCAAUUGUACAAAGAAAUUCAAACCCACAGACCUGGAGUGGUUCUCUGGUGAUGCCUCAAAAUUUUCUGUUUUUAUCGAACAAAUUUAGACAAAAAAAAAAAAAAAGAAUCCAAAUACUUGAGUGAUAACUUACGUCUGUGUGGAAACUGAUUCAGGGCAGGUGGAUUGGCAGCAGACGGAGGGGUCUCAUGAAUGAACCUGCCACUGCAGAGCCUUUCAGGAGCAGAGAUGACCUCCUGCCAGACCAGCCGUGCCGCUCAAAAGGCCAACAACGACAGCAGCCUCGUCCAGACAGCAUGUAAUAGACAACACACACACACUGGACACACACACACACAGGACAAGGCACACACUAUAUCACUGAGACUGUAAGCUGCUGCUCAUGCUGGACUCAAAGCAUCCAUUUAAACCCUCAAGACAAGCUUGACACAUUGAGGGCUUCCCCAGUCUCUAAUGAUGUAUUUUUUUAAUCUUUGUUGUCCCACAGACCAGCGUCCAAGAUCGACACUGUUUACUGCACUGUGAAUCUGCCUGCAAAACAGGUGAGGCAAGCAAACCACAAGAAUAACACAAUUAAGACAAAAAUACAAUCAGGAAUGAACUUUAGGACACUGAUUAAGCGGCUUUUUAAUGUGUUAAUAACAAAAUAUGGUAGUUACCUGUUAAAAGCCAGUUUUUGAUUCAAAAUAGUGCAAAGACAACAAAUCAAGUGGCGAUUCUCCUCCUCAGAAAGGAAGGUGUGGUGUCCAUGAUUUCCAAAUUUUUAUUCACCAGAUCGAAUGACAGUUUCCCACUUUGCCUCAGUCUGUCUUAAAUAGCUCAAGCUGAGAAGUAACUUGCUUUUCCAGCUCAUAUUUAUCGUGGUUUCCUUCUACGGCAGUAGCUCGAGUUUCACAUGCAUUUGUGUAUGCAACAUCAAACUGUAUUCACAAAUGGUGGUCUUUGAAGCCAUUUCAAAACCAAUGUUGUGAUUUCCGCUGCAGAGCCAUCUCUUUUUUUUUGAUGCCUGACUUCCUGAAGAUUACAAACAUCCACUGUUGGUUUUUAACUUGGCCCCUUUUGCAUAGAUAUUUCUCCAGGUUCUCCAAAUAAUAUGUUCUAUAGAUAAGAUUUAAAAAAAACCCUAAUUAUUGGAAAUCUUAUGCUGAAGAACAUUAUUCUGAAUUUUAAAAUCCAUUUGCUCAUGCAGUCUCUCACAGAGUUGUAAACCUCUUCUUGCCUUUACCUCUGGGAGCCUAUUUCAUAUCCAGUCAGGUUACUAAGCUUGUUGCAAAUUACCUUAAUUAGUUCAGAGAUUCUCCUCUAUUUCUCAUUCUUCGGUGCUUUGUUAUCCCUGUCCAAACUUUAAUGCGGCACAUCGCAAGCAUCUGUUUUUGACAUGACUUUAUUUUACGUAGAACACUAAGAUGUUUCUGGUUCAACAUUCGGUAUGUUGUCUUUGUUUAAUAUUCAAUAAAGAGGUUUAAAAGAUUUAAUAACUGCUCAGAUUUAUCUUUAUUAAAGCUCCAGUGAGGAACUUCAAGUUUGUGUCAAUUUUAGCGCCCCUUGUGGACAAAAUGGUCUUUCCUCAUCUUAUUCUCUGCAUGCUUAAGAAGUGUCCUCUAAUAAUUAUUCUCAUCCUGCUGAUCUUUAAUACAGUCGGAUCUUUAAUCUAAGGUGAACAUUUUAAGAGGACGUCAUAAAAACAGGGCUGCUUCAUUAUCUGCUCGGCUGACACCUACCCUCUCACACUUAUUUCAGGCUUUAGAAAUUACAGUAAAAAAAAAUUUCUAUUGUAGCUUAUAGUCCUGUUUGCUCUUGUAUAUCAUCAAAAAGCAUCCCUAUGAAUUUCAGCUUAUUUCAUAAAUUUGAAAAAAAUCCUUACAGGAGCUUUAAUAUUUCACACAGUCUCAUCAUCGUCAGCUUUUUGAAAUUGAGGUUGUAUAUGAAAGCUGUUACAUUUUGUGGACUUGACAAAAAGAAAAAAAAAACACACUAGCUAAUGUCAUUCAGCAUCAUAUUAGCCUUUAUUACAAGGGCAAUCCAUCAGUUUUACACAACUACAUGUGAUAAGAACAUUUUCAGCUUUACAAUAUCUUAAGUUUUUCAAAGUCUAAAAAAAAAAAAAAAAGAGGUGGUGUCUUUUACAUAAGCUCAACUUUGGCUCAAAAUGGAGAUUCAAAAACGGAAUAAUUAAAUACAAAAGAUGGGCAUAGGUAGUCGAAGAUUUGGGCAUAAACCACGCAUGGAGGAUUUGUUAAAAAAUAUGGGAAUAUUGUUUAUGGAGGUGAACUCAGCUAGGCAGCCUCUGCUGCUUACAACAUUUACCACUCGAAUCACAACAUUUUCUUAAUGAUGCAAGUUUCUUCCUCUGAAAACACACUGCAACUGUAAAACUGAGAGAAACAACAUUAUUGUUACUUUUGUAUUAAAAGUAGGGAAGUCAGUCUCUAAACAGGACAUGUGAUGGUUGUCAGACCUCAUAAGACUUCUAGGUGGAGUUAUUUUUGACUGUGUAUUCCUGCUUCCGAUACAUUACUUUUAUUUAAUUUUAUUAGAAAUGUAAAUAUUUGAACAUGAUAUAUAAAAUCAAUUUAAAAAAAAAAGGUUCAAGUUAACAUUAAAAAGAUUAAAGUUUUCUCAAAGUAAAUGUUUGCAAUGACUUCUGUCUUGUAAAGUCAGUAUUUGUCCAGCUCUAACUUUCAACAGACGGAUGUUGUUCAGUGAUCAAGCUGUUGUUUUGUUAAAUGUGCUGUAGCUUUGUCCACACUGAUCAUUUAGUGUUCAGUAUUGUGCAGCAAUGAAUCACCGGAUGACCACUCAGCUUCCAUUUAAGGCAUGAAUGAACUGAUUCAGAUGCUGCCGUACAUUCACUGAUGUCUUCUGCAUCUGCUCAGGGUCCCUCUGGAGAGAUGCCAGCUAAACAGAAAGCUCGACACACACAGGAUGACGCUCUAAACUACGCUUCUUUACACUUUGAAAAGAGGAACAAGUGAGAGUUGAAGUAUUUUAUACAACAUCACAUAAGUUAUCUUUUCAUGCAGUAUUUAAUUUGAUGUUUUUUUGUCUCAGGAACAAAGCAGAAAUGGACGAGUAUGCUGUGGUGCCCAAGAAAAAGAAACCAACAAAGGUCAGAAGCCUGUUAACCACUCUGUUUCCAUCUGUUAUGUUAGGGUUAGGAUUGUGUUACAGCUAUUCUGUUUUAUGUCUGAUUAAUAGUUGAUUUAAACUAGAAAUAAACCGUAUGAUACAUGUGUGCUAUCAAAACUGAAGCCAAGAUGUCUCCAGAUCAAAAUUAUUCCCCUAAAAAUAAAUAAUCUUGUCCCUCUUUCUGCCAUCCUCCCAGGCUGAAGAAGAAAAGCUGGAGGACUACGAGAAUAUAAGGACAGCAUAUGCAGCUAAAUUUCCAAAUCCAGCGGACCCUACUAACUCAGAAACCUCUACUAGCUCAGAAAGCAGCGAGGAUGAAGUCGAGCUCAAUUAUGCCAAAGUGAGCUUCAAGGCGAAGCCUGGACAUCAGCGAGCCCACAGAGACUCCAGCACCUCCAGCACCUCCAGUGAGGAGGAGGAGACCCAGUACUCUCAAGUCAAAAUGUGA